AUGGUCACCGCUCCGACGUAUGUACCAAGUCCAGGUCCGGACGCUGCCCACGCUGCGGAGCUGUGCACGCGGCUCGGGACCCCCCUGACUGCACUCCUAAAUGCAUCUUGUGCAGCGGCACACAUGUCACGGGGUCCCGCCCGUUCCCAAGUCAACGCCAUCCAACCCAGCGCAGUCAACACCAUCCGCCAAAGACAACCGCUCAUCGCGUCCCCGUCAACGAUCCAGCUCCCGAUCAAGCCGGGACCGCAGCCCCCGCCACCGCUCCGUCUCAUUUCCACCGCUACGGGGGCAAGACAACCCAUCGACUGCUUCCCAGCCCAGAGCAACGAGAUUGCCCUACUGAAAGAACAGCUGCAGGCGCUGCUCGCGCGCCCCCACCUCCCCACCUCAUCCCCUCACCAAACCUCACAACCCAUUGCUCUCCAGACCCCACUGCCGCCACCUCCCGCCCCUAGGUCCGCCUCCUCUUCGGCCGCUUCUUCUCGUGCCGCCUCCCCCUCCCGCAGCCCUCCACAUAAGAGGCGCUCCUCUACCGAACCUGCCGGCACCCCGGAGAUGGAGGCUGUCAUCCGCCACACGGCCUCGUUCCUCGAGGCACAUGAACGACGCAUCAUGGCCGCCAUUACAGCUGUGCGUACGGACACGCAGAGCUGGAUGGCUCAAAUUGACAACCGCAUGGCCAAUAUUGAGGCCCGCCAGAGUUCCCUCGAGGCCGAUCUUGCCCAGAUGACCAUUAAUGUCUCAUCCCUCCUCCCCUCAUCUUCAUCUCCCAAACACCCUGCAACAGCAGGGGCACCCAGGCCUCAUGAUGGCCAGACACCCCCCGCGCCUUAA